AUGGAGCAGUUAUCAGAUGAAGAAAUUGACCAUGGUGCUGAAGAAGACAGUGACAAAGAAGAUCAAGAUCUGGACAAAAUGUUUGGAGCCUGGCUGGGGGAGCUAGACAAGCUUACUCAGAGUUUGGAUUCUGACAAGCCCAUGGAACCAGUAAAAAGAUCUCCCCUUCGCCAGGAAACAAACAUGGCUAAUUUUUCUUAUCGCUUCUCCAUAUACAACUUGAAUGAAGCUCUGAAUCAGGGAGAAACGGUGGAUCUGGAUGCCCUGAUGGCCGAUCUUUGCUCAAUAGAGCGGGAGCUCAGCAGUAUCGGUGCAGGAAACAGUAAGCGUCAAAUCACAGAAUCAAAAUCCACUCAGAAAUUACCUCCUAGCCGACAUUCAACAAAACAUGGCACCUUGAAAGGAUUGUCUUCUUCAUCUAAUAGGAUUACUAAACCAUCACAUGCCAACUACUCCCUGGAUGACAUUACUGCACAGUUAGAACAGGCCUCUUUGAGCAUGGAUGAGGCUGCUCAGCAGUCUGUACUAGAGGAUGCUAAGCCUUCCAUAACUAAUCAACACAGAAGAACAGCAUCCGCGGGCACAGUGAGUGAUGCUGAAGUGCGCUCUAUUAGUAACUCCUCUCGCUCCAGCAUCACUUCUGCAGCUUCCAGCAUGGACUCUUUGGAUAUUGAUAAAGUAACACGUCCUCAAGAACUGGAGUUGACACAUCAGGGGCAGCCAAUUACUGAGGAAGAACAAGCAGCAAAAUUGAAAGCUGAGAAGAUCAGAGUUGCCCUAGAGAAAAUUAAAGAAGCCCAAGUGAAAAAGCUAGUUAUUAGGGUCCACAUGUCUGAUGAUAGUUCUAAAACAAUGAUGGUGGAUGAGAGACAGACAGUGAGACAAGUGCUGGAUAACCUGAUGGACAAAUCCCACUGCGGUUACAGUUUAGACUGGUCACUGGUAGAAACCAUCUCUGAGUUACAAAUGGAGAGAAUCUUUGAAGACCAUGAAAACUUGGUUGAAAAUCUUCUUAACUGGACAAGAGACAGUCAAAACAGGCUUAUGUUUAUGGAGCGUAUAGAAAAAUAUGCACUUUUCAAAAAUCCACAGAACUAUCUUCUGGGGAAAAAGGAAACGGCUGAGAUGGCAGAUAGAAACAAAGAAGUGCUGUUGGAGGAAUGUUUUUGUGGAAGUUCUGUAACUAUACCAGAAAUUGAAGGAGUCCUUUGGUUGAAAGAUGAUGGCAAGAAGUCUUGGAAAAAGCGUUACUUUCUCUUGCGAGCUUCUGGUAUUUACUAUGUCCCUAAAGGAAAAGCGAAGGUUUCUCGGGAUCUGGUAUGCUUUCUCCAGCUGGAUCAUGUCAAUGUUUAUUACGGACAGGACUAUCGGAACAAAUACAAAGCCCCGACAGACUGUUGUCUGGUGCUGAAGCACCCACAGAUCCAGAAGAAAUCUCAGUACAUUAAAUACCUUUGUUGUGAUGAUGUGAGGACCUUGCACCAGUGGGUCAAUGGUAUCCGCAUCGCAAAGUACGGGAAGCAGCUCUACAUGAACUACCAAGAAGCUUUAAAGAGGACAGAGUCCGCUUGUGAUUGGACUUCCUUAUCCAGCUCCAGCAUUAAAUCAGGGUCCAGUUCCUCCAGCAUCCCAGAGUCUCAGUCAAACCACUCAACUCAGUCUGACAGCGGCGUGUCCGACUCCCAGCCAGCAGCACACGCGCGUUCCCAGAGCAUCGUGAGCUCCAUCUUCUCUGAGGCCUGGAAACGAGGCACGCAGCUGGAGGAGUCCAGCAAGGCCAGAAUGGACUCUAUGAAUCGAUCCUACACUUCACUCAUGACCCCUUUAUCCCCACAACCUAAACUAGUCAGCCCCUACACGGCCUCCCAGCCUUCGCCUCCUCUCCCGCCCCCGCCCCCGCCCCCGCCGCCCCCCCCUCCGCCCCCGCCCCCGCCGCCCCCUCCUCUGCCCAGCCAGUCCGCGCCUUCUGGGGGCUCCGCGGCCACCGUGUUUGUCAAGUACAGCACCAUCACCCGGCUGCAGAACGCCGCUCAGCACUCCGGGCCGCUGUUCAAGCCCCCGCCGCCCUCCGUGGCGCAGCCUCUGCCCGCCACCUCACAGCCAGCAAAGCCUCAGAUGCCCGUGCCCCCCAACGGAGUGGUGCCCCCGCCCCCGCCCCCGCCGCCGGCCCCCACCCCCGGCUCGGCCAUGGCCCAGCUCAGACCCGUGCCUUGUGCGCAGGCCCUGCCCCAGUUCAGCCCCCCGCCGCCCCCGCUGAAGAUCCAUCACGUUCCGCACGGCGGCCAGGCAGCUCCCCCGACACCCCCGCCCCCGCCGCCCGCCUCCCCCCAGGCGCCCCCCAAACCCCUGGCGACCGCGCCGCCCGCCUCCCCCCAAGGGCCCCCCAAACCCCUGGCGACCGCGCCGCCCGCCUCCCCCCAGGCGCCCCCCAAACCCCUGGCGACGGCGCCGCCCGCCUCCCCCCAAGGGCCCCCCAAACCCUUGGCGACUGCGCCGCCCGCCGGCUCCAAGGCCGCGCCCCCAUCCCCCAUCCCCCCGGCGCCCCCGGCCAAAAAGCCGGCCUUCCCCCACGCCCCGCCCGCGCCGGCCGCUCCGCCGGGCCCGGGCCCGCCGCCCACCCUCCCCAAGCACCCGGGCUUGGCCGGGAGGCCGCCCGCCGCGCCGCCGUCCCCGGGGCUGUCGGUGGUGCGGCAGAUGGCCAGCCAGUUCCCCGCGCCCGCGCCGGCCGAGCCCCCGAGGCCGCCCGCGGCCCCGCAGUCCCCGCCCGCCGUGAAGGCCAAGCCCCGGUGGCAGCCCGGCGCCCCGGCCCCCGACUUCCCGCCGCCGCCGCCCGAGAGCAGCCUGGCGUUCCCCCCGCCGCCCCCGACCCCGCCCGCCGCCCCCACGGCGGCCCCCGAGCGCAGCGGCUCCCCCGGCAAGAAGCCGGCCAAGACGGCCAGCCCCGGGGCCAAGAAGCCUCCCCCGACCCCGCAGCGCAACUCCAGCAUCAAGGCCGGCGGCGCGGCGGCCCCCGAGCCCAAGCGGCCCUCGGUGGACAGCCUGGUCAGCAAGUUCGCGGAGCCCUCGGGGUCCCCCGGCAAGGACACCCCAGCGCCGCCGGCCGCGCCCCCCAAGCCCGGGAAGCUGAACCUCCCCGGAGUCCACCUGCAGGCGGCGCCCGCGAGGGCCUCCGUCCUGGGUGCGCGCGGCCAGGACCCGGCCGUGGAGUUCCCCUCUCCGCCCUCCGACUCGGACUUCCCGCCGCCGCCCCCGGAGCUGGAGCUGCCCCCGCCGCCCGUGGAGAUCCCGGCCGCCUUCCUGGGGGCCGCGUCCCCGCGGGUGGCCGUGGUCAGCCCCCAGCCGCAGCAGUGGGCCAGGCCGCCGGCCAAGAAGGCGCCUCCGCCCACGCGGCCCAAACGGAACGACAGCACCCGCCUCACCCAGGGGGAGCCCGCCGAGCCCCCCGCGGUGCCGCCGGCGCCCACCUCCCCCAAAGCCGGCCUCGGGGUGCAGCCCGGCUUCCUGGCCGACCUCAACCGGACCCUGCAGCGCAAGUCCAUCACACGGCACGGCUCGCUCUCCUCCUCCCGCGUGUCCAGAGCAGAACCCACGGCCACCAUGGACGACAUGGCCCUGCCCCCGCCGCCCCCCGAGCUGCUGUCCGACCAGCGGAAGGCCGGCUACGGGGGCAGCCACAUAUCCGGCUAUGCCACCCUGCGGAGGGGGCCCCCGCCCGCCCCCCCAAAGAGAGACCAGAACACCAAGCUCUCCAGAGACUGGUAG